GUUGUUUUUCAGGUAAACUGGGAAGCAGACUCUUGAGUUCACAGUUGGCCUGUGGUUUUUGCAUCUCGUUAAAGAGCACCUCUUCAUACAGGUGGCAUUUUUCUGAAGUUGUUCAUUGAGACUUCCCAGCAUUCCUGCAGAUAUAAUAGGUGAGGCCGGCCGGCGCGGGACGACAUGGCAGCAUGACAGCCCGGGACGGCGCCGCCGGAGGCCGCGAGAACGGAGCCCGCGGCUGCGGGGGGGAACGCCCGGGGCGGCCACGUCCUUCCGAGGCCGCCUGAGCGCGUCCCCAGCGGCCUGCUGGGCUCGCUGUGAUUAUUAACCCCGUGGACGCCUGACUCUCUCCGCCUUGAGCAUCAAUAUGUGUCAUGUCAUUGUCACCUGUCGCUCGAUGCUCUGGACCCUCCUGAGUAUUGUGGUGGCGUUCGCCGAGCUCAUCGCCUUCAUGAGCGCCGACUGGCUGAUUGGAAAAGCCAAGACUGCGGGCAGUGCCGAGCCGGCCGAGCAGGGCUCCCCGGGGCCCCACCACCCCACCCUGGGCAUCUACGCGCGCUGCAUCCGCAACCCCGGGGUGCAGCACGUCCCGCGGGAGACGCUGUGCGGGCCCUACGCCGAGAGCUUCGGCGAGAUCGCCAGCGGCUUCUGGCAGGCCACCGCUAUCUUCUUAGCCACGGGCAUCUUCAUCCUCUGCACGGUGGCCCUGGUGUCCGUCUUCACCAUGUGUGUGCAGAGCAUCAUGAAGAAAAGUAUUUUCAACGUCUGCGGGCUGUUGCAAGGAAUUGCAGGCCUGUUCCUGAUCCUUGGUUUGAUCCUCUACCCUGCGGGCUGGGGCUGCCAGAAGGCGAUAAGCUACUGCGGACACUAUGCAUCGGCCUACAAGCCUGGAGACUGCUCCCUGGGCUGGGCCUUCUACACCGCCAUCGGUGGCACAGUCCUCACCUUCAUCUGCGCCAUCUUCUCCGCGCAAGCAGAGAUUGCAACUUCCAGUGACAAAGUGCAGGAAGAAAUCGAAGAGGGGAAAAACCUUAUCUGCCUCCUUUAGUCUGGAAGAGACGUUAAUGCCAUUUUCUUCCUUGUGUAACCUUGUGAAACAGUCCACCUCUGGUUUUGUCAUCUGAGUCAAGUGAAGAACUAGUCUUUACGUACCAGAGCCACAUUCCACAGCCCCGAGCCUUACCAGGACCCACGAGAGGCAACUUCCAGCUGAGCAUAAGGACUGCACGUGAGGGCCGCAGUGCAAAUGAUAAGGGAUGGAACAUGAAAACAGUACAUAAACCCUGACAUACGGCUGACAAGCUCUGUCAGACUCCAUCUCCCCCAGGGCCCAAUGAAGGAUAAUGAUCUAAAGCAUUAAAGCAGCAGUUUCUCUGGUAACAGAAGAGACUGUUAGCCAGAUUUACAGGCUGUUUUGAGAAGCAUUUCUGCCACAAGCUUGCAUACCUGUGAGCAUCUCUGCCUGAGGAUGA